AUGGUUUGCACGUUUGCACAUACAGUAUUAAUUUAUGAUGACGGAGAUGAUGCAAAUUUUUCAGAAAUUCCGGCGAAAAGUGUAGUCGCGCGACUCCCCGAGAGCCCCACAUCCUUUUUUCCGCGACGCUGUGAUUACACUUCUGUCUGUCAACCGCUCAGGUUGACAGAAAAAGGCGUCUAA